CAAAUUACGAACUCCUGUAGUGUAGUGUUUGUCUACAAACAGAAAGUGUUAACUGUCUUGACUUAUUUCGAAACUUUAUUGUCGCAAACAGUACGUCAGAAACCAUUGUCCAUUGCUGACUACUUGCUAGCAAUGGCCCAAGUAUUAUUACUGUUAUUCCUAUCUAGUUUUCCCUUUCUUUCAAGCGCUUUUGUGUGCUCGAAGUCGCCAAGAAACCAGGACGAAGUGCUUCAAAUUCACCUUGUUCCUCACACUCAUGACGAUGUCGGUUGGCUCAAAACUGUUGAUCAAUACUAUUACGGCGCUAACAACAGCAUUCAAAUAGCAGGCGUUCAAUACAUCCUUGAUUCAGUGAUCCCAGCAUUAGAAGCAAACCCUAUGAGGCACUUUAUCUACGUUGAAAUAGCGUUCUUUAAAAGAUGGUGGCAACAACAGACCCCGGCUAUGCAAGCCAGAGUGAAAGCACUUGUCCACAGAGGACAAUUGGAAUUUAUUAAUGGCGGGUGGUGCAUGAACGAUGAAGCAGCAACUCAUUAUAACGCAAUCAUAGAUCAGAUGACUCUCGGCUUACAAUUCAUCGAUAACAAUUUUGGCUCAAGUGCUCGACCAAGAGUCGCAUGGCAUAUAGAUCCGUUUGGACACUCAGCAGAACAAGCAUCUCUCUUCGCGCAAAUGUCUUUUGAAGGCUUCUUCUUUGCGCGUAUCGACUACGCAGAUAUGAAAAAGCGCACUGAUGAACAACGCAUGGAACUGAAAUGGCGGGGCAGUCAAAGCCUUGGGGCCGCCACAGAAAUAUUCACUGGGGUACUAUAUAAUGGGUAUGGCCCCCCGUCUAGUUUUUGUUUUGAUAUCCUGUGCGGUGACCCUCCUAUGCAAGACGACCCUCGACUGUUUGACUUCAAUGUAAAACAGAGGGUGGAAUUGUUUAUCAACCGCUCAUGUGAGCAAGCUUUGCAUUACAAGUCCGGGCACAUCAUGCUCACCAUGGGAAGUGAUUUUAAUUAUCAAAAUGCUCAUACUUGGUUUAAAAAUUUGGAUAAACUGAUUGCUUUUGUAAACAAGGUAUGAUUUGUAUGUAAACACGUAUUAAUUUAUAAGUGGACCUCUAGAGAGAACAGUUUAAGCAUAAAAUUUAAUCCGCGUUUCCUGCUGUAGAAAAGGAUGGCCCUUACUGGACCUCUAGGGAGAACAGUUCAGAACUGAUAGAGCUAACCAGUAUAAAUAAAGUUAGUGUUCAAUUUAGAAUAAUAGAUAUAAAUGCAACAUAAAUUUUCUGACCAAUUAUGUGAAAGAAUAAUGUAUGGUAUCGGAUAGCUUGCUUAAAAUUUCGCAAACAUUUUUCUGCUUUUUCGGAAACAUAUUUCUGUUGUUUAGGACGGUAGGGUGAAUACAUUUUACUCCACACCAUCAAAAUAUGUCGAUGCAAUAAAAGGAAUGGAACUCGAAGUGAAGACAGAUGAUUUCUUUCCUUAUGCAGACUGCCCUCAUUGUUAUUGGACUGGUUAUUUUACCAGCAGACCUGCACUGAAAGGUUAUGUGAGAAGAAAUAAUAAUUUACUACAGGUAGUGGUCCUUGUCCUUUAUCAUCACUGCUACCACUAGCAUAAUCAUCACCAUACAGUAUAAUUACCACUAUCAUCAAUAUCACCAUCAUGUAAUCAUCAAUAACACCAUCACCAUAAUCACCAUCCAAUCAUAAUCACCACUAUGAUUAAUACCACCAUCACCAUUACUAUCACACCACCACCAUCAUCACAUCAUUAUCAUCACCAUAAUCAUUACCAGCACCACCAAUCAUCACAUCAUUAUCAUCACCACCAUCAUCACAUCAUUACCAUCACCACCAUCAUCACAUCAUUAUCAUCACCAUCAUCCACAACCCAUCUUUAUCAUCAACAUCAACACAACUACAUUCAUCAACAGAAUCACCAACCUCACUAUCACCAUCAUCGGUAUAAUUUCCAUCAUACUAGGUAUGUAAACAACUUGAAGUUCUGGGCAAACUUGGAGAGUCUGAUCCCAGUUCAGAAACAUUACGAGAUGCCAUGGGUGUAGCACAACAUCAUGAUGCAGUGAGUGGCACUGAAAAACAACAUGUUGCAUAUGAUUAUGCCAAACGUCUGGCAAUUGGAGCUCAACAAUGUAAGGUAGGGAAUCUCAGCUAUUAUUACGGAUCUUAAAUCUUAAUUAUACCGCUUUCUGGUGCUUAGUGAAGCUUUAAUUAAGUAUGGUUAUAAUUACCUCCGCCAGGAGGUUAUGUAAUCAUCUGGGUUUGUAUGUGUGUGUGUGUGUGUGUAUGUGUGUGUGUAUGUGUGUGUGUGUGUGUGUGUGUUUGUCUGUGAGCACGAUAACUCAAGAAAUACCAAACAUAUCCGUACGAAAUUUUGUGAGUGCAUUUCCCAUCGGCUACGGAAGAACUGAUUAAAAUUUGGUUGAAUUUGGUUAAAAAUUAAAUGAGAAAUAACAAAAGUUUGUCUUGCUUUUCCCGGUCAAUUAAAUAAAACUUUAUACUGAAUGCGUAAUUAGGACGUGCAUAAUAUAUGCACCAGCCACUCAAAUUCUAAUAACAAUAGAUUACUUCAAUAUUUUGCGCGUAGGCGGAGGUAUGCAGUCUCUGAGUGCCCUCUAGUUUAAUAAUGAGAUAAUGCAGUAAUUUUCUUGAAUCUGUGUAACCCUAAAGUGAUCGGAUGUUGUACAGAACUCAUGUGAGUAAAGUAUGGUUAGAUUAUGCAAAAUGCUUAGAUUUACAACCAUAUGUUGUAUGCCACAUUUCAGAUGGUGAUAAACUCCGCUCUGAACAAAGUCGGUCAACGACGUCAGUAUUUCGGUACCAACAUUCAAUACACAUUCUGCGACUAUCUCAACAUCAGUGCAUGUCCAGCGACAGAAACCACGAAAUCAUUUACUAUCACCGUGUACAACCCUAUUGCUCGACCUGUAGAUACCAAUAUCCGAAUCCCAGUGUCAAGUCAAGAAGUCAAAAUUAUUGGCCCGGAUGGGAAACCAGUUCCCGUUGUGAUUGAACCGGUGUCGAAAGAGACCAAAUUUGUCCGCGGUAGCCUUGGGAACGCACCUUACGAGUUAACGUUCCCAUUAACAGGCUUACCGCCUUUGGGUGUUGCUAUAUACACAGGGAAUACAACAGCGAACUCCGGAAAACAUACUUCUAAAGUGGCGUCGAAAUUUGCUUCUAAACUCCUAAGGAAAUCUGACUUUACAAACAGCGAUUAUCACGAUGGAGAUUAUGUUAUUUCAAACAAGCAUCUUCGUCUGACAUUCGACCAUGAUUCAGGACGCUUGACUAAAAUUGAGAACCUCGCAUCCAACAUAAGCCUACCAGUUGACCAGCAGUUCUUGUGGUAUAAUGCUAGUGUUGGAAACAAGGACAGCAAGCAAGCUUCAGGGGCCUAUAUCUUCAGGCCAAAUUCAAGUAAACCGUUUAACGUAAGCCUAAAUAACAAGGUAAGCAGUAUUAGCAUCGUUCAAAACGAAGUCAUGCAAGAGAUUCAUCAAGUAUUUACUCCUUGGGUGAGUCAAACCGUUAGGUUAUAUGCUAACAAACCGUACGCAGAAUUUGAAUAUACUGUUGGGCCAAUCAAAAUGGCUCCUUCGCCUGAACUUGGAAAAGAAGUGAUUUCGAGGUUUGAUACAAGUUUGAAGACGAAUGGUGUUUUCUACACAGACGCCAACGGACGAGAAAUGCAGACGAGGAAACGAAAUUAUCGACCGACAUGGACAUAUCAAAGUGAGUAGAUCUUGGUAUAUAAUGUGAUUAGUUAGGUUCAAGUUAGGAUGAGGCAACCUCGUUCCUAGGCUCCUCUUGAGGUUAGAUUUUAAUCAUUUUAUGUUGUGGUUAAGUUGAGGAAAAGUUAAAGGUAAUUAGGGUUAACCAAGCCUCUUCGUUCCAGGCCAUCCCUCUGGCUUAGGGGUUGACAGUUAACCCAUCACCACAGCUAACAUUUUCCCAUAUCUUUUUCAUUAGAUACAGAACCUGUUGCAGGGAAUUAUUACCCGGUCAACAGUCGAGCUUACAUCAAAGAUGAGUCUGGUGUUCAACUGACCAUAAUGACAGACCGCUCAUUAGGAGGCUCGAGUAUAAAAGAUGGUUCCUUGGAGUUCAUGGUACAUCGUAGGUUACUCCACGAUGAUAAAAGAGGUGUUAAUGAAGCAUUGAAUGAACCAGGAAUUAACGGACGAGGUCUUAUUGUCCGAGGGAAACUUUUACUUCUACUUGAAGCAGCAAAAUCCUCGGCAAAAUUACAUCGCGCUGUUGGCGAGGAAGAAAUGUUACGUCCUUCGCUAGCUUUCUCAGCAGGCAGUGGUAACCAAGCUAGUUACCAAGCCUUGACUCGGUCAUUACCAGCGAAUGUUCAUCUGUUAACAUUAGAACGUUUCGGCAAGUCUGUGUUGUUACGUCUAGAACAUCAGUUUGCUGUGGGUGAAGAUGUUGAACUUUCAAAAGCUGUCACAGUUCAAUUGAAAGGUUUGUUUCAAGAUUUCACCAUCUUGGCCGUCACCGAACUCAACCUCAGUGCAAACCUGGUGAAGAGUCAGCGCCAACAUACAGUGGACUGGAAACGAGCUAAGCGACGAAACAAAAUUCUGGUCCCGACCGAUGAUUUUGAGAUUACAUUGAAGCCGAUGGAAAUUAGAACAUUUAAACUUGAAAUCCAAUGACAUUCAUGAGGUAAACUUAAGUAUGCCAAUUAUUAAUAAAACUUGACUAUAUAGCUUGACAUUUAGACUAGAAUUUAGGGGAAUUUAUAAAACGCUAAGUGGGAAACAUGUACAGUGUUUCAGUUUGAAAAGGUUUUUCAGAAUUGACACUACAUUAUUCAAUUGGCUGAUAUGAGUAAGAAAGACAAUCGGCAAAUUAAAACAAUGAAACAAUAUCAUAGGAUUAUCCUGGAAGUAAUAUAGAAUAAUAUACUGUACUAGUAGUUUAAGGUUGUAAGUUUAAUUAUGUAUGGCGCUAUCAAGAUAUUUGACCUCCGAAUGCUUCCAGUAAAACAAACAAACAAGCUAGUAAAGUCGCACACACACAGCAAAAGAGCACACACAACAUCACAUUCUGUUUCACUUAUCUUAUAAUUCGUGCAACUAGAUAUUUUUCGGUAUCAAUGUAUCGUCCUAUUAUGUACAAUAUCAAAAAUGCUGUUUUCACUUCGCACUUGAGUUCGGGGGCGCUCCAAAUAAAGUCUGACUUUAUCGAACACGUAUGAUGGCCAGUACGGGUCUUCUUCACUGGGCUUCCAACAUUUAUCAAAUCGUGAAUCAAUGUGCCUAUAAGGACGAUAAAAUGAUUUGGAUAUUUUCUGUUUGUGGAAAACUUUAUGAUUAUUUAUCUGGUAAAAGAGGGAAUUCAGUUUGAGUCUACCAAUUAAACACCGUAGGUUUUCUCCAGAUAUACUCAUGUUUCCUCCUGUAGUAAAACUGGACCACUAAAGAAUGACUCUUAUAUACACUGAACUUUUAGGAAGACAAAUUUAAAACUGAUAGAGCUGUACAGCAUGAAUAAAGUUUUAAGAUUUCUUCCUGUAGUAACACUGGAUCGACGCGGAGUCACUCUUACUCAUGGAUUUCUAGGAACAAAAGAUUACUGGAAGUUAUAGAAUAAUUCAAUAUAAAAGAGUUUGUCAAGUUUCCUCCUGUAGAACAAU